UUUAAUAUGUUUUUAAUUUGAAGCUUUUUCCAAAUUGAUUAAUUAUGUGAUUUUCAAUAUUUUGUACUACGGUUUUAUAAUUUGUUUAUGAUUAAUUUCAUAGUUUAUUGAUUAUAAUAUGUUAUUACUUUCAAGCUUUUGCAGAUGUCAUCAGGUACCGGAUCCGGAGGUGGUCCUCGUGAUGGGGGUAGUGAGCCUCAGCCUGAGCGUGAUGGCGAGUUGGAGAGGGACGAGGAUAAUCAUGAGGCUGGGGUAGGUGACAAGAAAAAGGAGUUGGAUCCCAAUGGACUUUGGUUUGAAGACAAUGGAGUCAUUCGCAACAUGACUAAAUGCUUCAAGCAACAUUUCCAUCAUCCAUGGAGGAACUAUUCGCAGGUUGAUGACGAUACAAAAAACCUUUGGUUCUCUAUUUUCAAGGGCUCAUAUAAAUGGAGGGAGGAGCUUCAAUCCCAAGUGAGGUCUACAUAUGACAGGAAAAUGGCCAAAAGAUUGAAAGAUAAUCACCACUCGAUAGUAAAGAAGAAGGGUGGUGUUUGUCCGACAUGGUUGUCUCUGAGCAUUCACGAGCAGAUGAUGAAGAAUGCUCAAGACAAGGAGUUCAAAGCACGAUCUCAGAAGGCUAGCAAGAACCGGCGAGGAGGUGACUUGACUAGCAGCAUACCUCCUUCUCAUGUCCAGGGCUCUAUUUCCUCAGCAGAGCGCGCCAAGAGAUUGGUAAGUGUAACUUGUUUGAAUACAUUUAAUACAAAAACUUGA